GCUGAAGGUCAUUUUGAGGACUCGCAAAUUUGACACGAAUUCCGUGUUCCUCGUCUUCUUAUUACAAUUUCAUACAAUUUACGCGUACCUAAAAAAUGAUCAAAAGGCCAGCGGUUGUAAGAGCUCCUAAAACCUAUAAAGGCCGCAAAAGUCAAGAAGACAGAUGUUCUCGGGUAGGAAAUGGCUUUCAGGCCGAAGUUCCGGAACAUGUUGGAAUAAUCUCAUACGAUGACUUACAAAAUUUAUCACCGAAAGAAUUUUGUGUUUGGACACCGAAUCAACAACCCAACUUGCAAGAACUAAAUGCUUACCUUGAUUUUGCUAAGCAGCAUCAAUACACUCAAGAAUUAGCUUUAAUAUUACUUCACUGGCAUAACUAUGAUAUUCCAAAAGCAGUUGACGAUUUGCCUAACUAUGUACCUGUUUAUAAUAAAUGGACGAAGGGAGAGGUCAAAAAGUUCCUGAGAUGUAUUGACUCGAAACCGAGGAAAAAUUUUGUCGAAGCUAAAAAGACGGUACCCGGACGACAUAUGGGUGAUAUAUGUGCUUUGUAUUAUUCGAUUGCUGCUCCUUUUAAGGCAAGAACAAGAAAUAAAUAUCAUAGUGAAUUAAUUGAACAGUGCUUUUCUCGAGCUGUUCGAAACGGCUUGGUUACAUGUCGUUGGGGAAAAUCUCCAUCUCCAGGAGACAUACAUACUAAUAGCCGGAGAUUUGGAUUAAGCGAAGAUCCUUUGGAGCGGGAAGUUGAAUCGUAUUUGGUAAAUUUGAUUGGUGCUUCAAAAACAGCUCAUUUACUUGGAAAAGAAUUAAUGUCUACACCAUAUCCUAUUCAGACUUCAGAUAAUCAAACUUCCCCUUCAAAACCUGUACAAGAUGUCUCUUCAUCCUCUCCUCUGCGAAGUUUACCGUAUUCAGCUGGACGAGAAAAUGAAUCAAGUUCACCUACUAUACCUUUAUCUGCCAAUACCUAUCAGACAAGCAGCUCUGAAGCAUCUUCACAGAUUGGUAGUGAAUCAGUUAGCCAAGGAAAAGUUAAUCGGCACACUCUUCCAAAUGGAGCGUAUUAUGAUCAUAAUGAGUUUAUGUCAUUUUUAACUAUGUCAAAUGAUCAAUUACUCCAUGAAAAAGAAACUGAUUUAGCAGAUUUAGAACGAAUUAAGGAGGAACUGUGUGAAAAAAAUGAAAUUACUGAAGCACGUUCAAGAUCCGUUCUUUAUAAAAUGGAAUCACUUAAACCAGUUGAAGGAUUCCCUCAAAUAUCUUAUCGGUGGACGAAAACUGAACUAGCUUUUGUACUAACAGCUAUGAAAAUGUACGGUCAUGACUUUUCCACAAUUGCCAGAACUGUUGGAACCAAAUCCGAAAGCUUCAUACGUGAUUUCUACAACACAUUUCGCGAACGUUUCACAUUGGACAGUAUAAUAAAACCAUGCGUGAAAACAAAUGACAGACUCACCGAACAUCCAGUUACAGAUCAAAACACUAUAUAUCAAGAACCCCUUGUUAUCGUUACACAAGACUGGGCUAAGAAAAUAAUAGAUCAAAAACCAACCGUUCCUGUCGGUGGGAAAAAUGAAGAAUUAUCGCAAAUAUCAGAAGCACAGAAUACUACGUACAACAGUUUAAAAAUCGAAUCUAACGAACCAGACAGCCCAACAUCCCACACACUUGAUAAAACACAUGGGAAAAAAGUUAACGUACGACUGUCAUCUCGACGACGCACAGCGUCGUCGAAAUAUGUGACUCCUGAGGUCCUAUCACACAGUCAUAAUGAAUCACCAUCAAGUCCACCACAACCUGUCAGCAGAGGAAGAAGUAGAGGACGAGCCAAACGCUCAAGACGCAGCUAGUCUUAUUGGAGCUUGAAUAUUUCUUUAAGCAAAUCUUUUCUACUCAUGACUUGCCGAUUUUUUCAACACAAACAUGACCACGUGCACUUAAGGAGCUAAAAUUAGCAAACUAUUUCUGUCGCUCACUGAUACCUUGUUUACGAAUCGAUGUAGCAGUAUAUAAAUAUGUGUUACUAACAAUCAAGUUUCUACUUGAGGUGGGAAACACUAUAUCAGAACUUUAUAUCGAUUAAAGACAUCACUACUCGAUGUGGGUGUGUAAAUCUUGCUUCCCCAAAGUACUUGUAGAGAUCACAUUAUUGGCAUUCACUACAUCUGCGCGAUGCUCAACAACUAAACCGGCUCCGCAUAGCCUUGAGUCCUGAUCUGCGAAGACAUUGCGA